ACACCCACCACAUCCGUUUAGAUUUUCAAAUGUUGAUUUUACCGCGGAGAGCUCGAUGGUCAUUUCGAGUUCUUCGAUCAUUGUCUUCCUCUGUCAGCAUACCCAUUGUAGCUUCAUCAACCUCAUCUCUGGGUUUCGACUCGUAUUUUGAACCCAAUACCAGUGACCAAGUAUACUCCAACAACCGGAGAAUAGGCCACUUUAUAAAAUCUGGGGACUUGAACAAUGCACUCAACGUGUUCGAUGAAAUGCCUCAGUAUGAUGUUGUGACAUAUAACUUGCUUAUUUCAGGGCAUGGCCGAUUUGGGCAUCGAGAACAGGCUUUUCGGCUCUAUACUGAUAUGGUUUCACAAGGAAUUAGAGAAAGUGCGUCGACGUUUUCUUCUGUGUUGGGGACUUGUACUGAUGCAGGACUUUAUAGAGAAGGGGUUCAAGUUCAUUGCAGGGUGGUGUCUCUUGGGUUUAGCUUGAAUAUGUUUGUAGGGAGCUCGUUGGUGGACCUUUACUUGCAUAUGGGGCAAGACAAUGUAGCUGUGAAGUUGUUUGAUGAGUUGCAGGAGAGAAACUUGGCUGUAUGGAAUUUGUUGUUACGUGGGUUUUGUGAACUGGGUCGAGUGGAUGAGCUGUUUGGGAUGUAUUAUAGGAUGAAGUUGGAUGGUGUGGAUCCAAAUGGGCUUAGUUAUUGUUAUUGGAUACGUGCAUGUAGUAAUGGGAAGCUUUUGGAUGAAGGAAAGCAGCUGCAUUGUGGUGUUGUGAAGGAGGGAUGGUUGGAAUCGAAUGUGUUUGUUGCCAAUGCUCUGGUGGAUUUGUACUCUGCUUGUGGGAGUUUGAUUGAUGCAAGAGAAGCAUUUGAAGCUAUUCCAGUGGAGGAUGUGAUUUCGUGGAAUUCGAUUAUUUGGGUCUAUACCGAAAAUGGUUUGCUGCUUGAUGCUCUUGAGUUAUUUGCUAGGAUGCAGUUUUGGGGGAAGAGGCCAUCCAUCCGUUCAUUUGUUGGGUUUUUGAAUUUGGCUAGUAGGAUUCGGAAUAUUCAACUUGGGAAGCAGAUACACUCUUAUGUUGUGAAAUCGGGUUUUGAUCAUGAUGCGAGUUUUCAUAUUCAAUCUGCUCUGAUAGAUAUGUAUGGGAAAUGCAGUGACAUUGAGAGUUCAGUGUGCAUAUAUGAAAAUGGUCGUGAUAGAAAUUUGGAGUGUUGCAACUCAUUAAUGACAUCUUUGCUGCACUGUGGCGUUAUUGAGGAUGUGGUGGAGAUGUUUGGUUUGAUGGUUGAUGAGGGAAUUGGUCUUGAUGAAGUUACUCUUUCUACGACACUAAAAGCUUUAUCAGUAUCUGCUUUUGCAAGUUUAGGCAGCUGCAAAUUGCUGCACUGUUGUGCAGUAAAGUCAGGUUUUGAAUCUGAUAUUGCUGUUUCGUGUUCACUAAUCGAAGCAUAUGCAAGAUGUGGUCAUGUCAAGCUUUCCUGCCAGGUUUUUGAUGAAUUCCCUUCACCAAAUGUCAUCUGUUUUACAUCGAUUAUCCAUGGAUAUGCCCGAAAUGGAAUGGGAGGUGAAUGUCUUCAUUUGCUACAGGAAAUGGUGGCAAAGGGUUUGAAACCUGAUAAAGUGACAGUGUUGUGCGUGUUAAGUGGUUGCAACCAUUCAGGUCUGGUUGAAGAAGCAAAAUUGUUGUUUGAUUCAAUGGAAAUGCUAUAUGGGGUCUCCCCAGACCGAAAGCAUUAUUCAUGCAUGGUUGAUCUUUUAGGCCGGGCAGGUUUGCUACAUGAAGCUGAAGAGUUGCUGCAACACGGACCCGGAAAAGGUGACUAUGUAAUGUGGAGCUCAUUGUUGCGAAGUUGUAGGGUGCACAAGAAUGAAAUAGUGGGAAGGCGAACAGUAAAAAGUUUAUUGGAGCUUGAGGGAAAGGACCCUGCAAUUUUGUUGCAAGCUUCAAACUUCUAUUCUGAAAUCGGCGAGUUUGACACUGCAAUGCAAAUCCGAGAAUUUGCAAUAGCACAGCAAGUAACAAGGGACAUAGGUCAUAGCCUGGUUGAGGUAAACAGCCGCAGUCACCGUUAG